AUGUUAAUAUCAAUGAAUGUUCGAUCAAUAUUGGGUGAUUUGUAUAAUCAAUAUUUUAAUUCGACAUGGUGUAUUUUUUCAGGAUAUUUAGCUAUUGUAAUCUUUGGUAUGUUAUACAUGAAUUUUCUAAAUCAGGCAUUAUAUCGUCUUAUUCGAAUUGUUUAUUCUCAAAAUAGAUGGUUUCUAUCUUUAAAAUUAUAUAUAAUUUUACCAAUUAUAGAAAUAAUAAUAGUAACACCUAUUCUUCUAAGUGUUCUUAUACCUUUGAAUGGUGUAACAUAUUUACCAAAUGAUUACUUUUGUUAUGCAACACUCACAAAUAUUCCCGGUGUUCUUUGUGCAGCAGUUGUUGUUUAUAUGUGUCCACUUUGUUGUAUAUCAUUUAUUUAUAUGCAUAUAACAAAAUUUAUUCGUCAACAAGGAAAUAUUCAAACAUUAAUAAUCAAACAACGGCAAGGUCGAGAUUUACUUAUUAUUCGACGCAUUUUAAUUAUUGUUAUUAUAUUACUUAUUCUUGGAAUACCUGCAGUGACUCUUGUAUUUAUGUUUAUAAUAACAGGUGAAGAGAAUCCAUUAUUUAUUCGAAUUUCAUUUUUCACAGUUAACAUAUCUCAAGCAGGAUUGAGUGUCGCAUUACUUUUUUCUAUUCCACAACUAAAAAAUAUUAUUCUAAACUUACGAACAACAAAAACAGUGACGCCUGUAAAUCAAGUUGUGCGAGGCACAAUACAAUUGAAAACAAUUGCUGGUACUCAAUAA